AUCAAUUAUCAGACCUUAACUUAACUCGUAAAGUAAAUACAAUACCUACUUGUUAUUUCUUCGAUAUUAUUAUUUUUAAAAAGUCGAAUAGGUAGUAAGGUUAAAAGUUAAUAAAAUUACUUCCCCUUGAAAAUGUCAAUUUCCGAAGAAGACUGCGAUGACUUACAGCUUUCAGCUGAAGCACAGAGAGCUUUAAAAGAAUUUUAUGAAGAACAGAACGAAAAACUGUUAUUACAUAAUGAUGAUACAAAUAAUAUACAAUUUGAUGAAGAUUGGCAAUUAAGUCAAUUUUGGUAUGAUGAAAAAACAUGUGAACGAAUUGUUGAGUGUGUUCUUAAAGCAGUUGGACCAAAUGGCACAGUAGCAUUGAUAUCCUGUCCUACAUUGUAUAAAACCUUUAAGGAAAAAUCACCUACCAUAUCAAUUAAACUUUUCGAGUAUGACAAAAGGUUUGAUGUUUAUGGAUCAAAUUAUGUUUUCUAUGAUUACAACGAACCAAUGCGAUUUGACCAAGAACUUUUAAACAGUUUUGAUUUAGUCAUUGUUGACCCUCCAUUUCUUUCAGAAGAAUGUUUAACUAAAUCUUUACAGACUACAAAAUCUCUAACACGAAAACAUAUUAUAUUAUGUACAGGUGGUAUCAUGGAAGAAUUAGCCAAAAAGUUAUUAGAUGUUCACAAAUGUUCAUUUGAACCAAAACAUAAAAACAAUCUUGCUAAUCAAUUUGCUUGUUUUACCAAUUUUCCAUCUGAACUAGACUAGUGAAAUAAUUCUUUCAAAGGUAUUCUGUGUGGAAUGGAUAAACCAUAUAUUUUUAUAAUAAAUAAUAAUAAUAAACAAAUUGCAAACUUUA